CUUUUCACUCAUUCAAAUGUCAAUCGGGGGAAGGGGUUUGUAACUCGAUUCAAGUAAUUUAUAAAAUGUUUCUCACACCACUCAGAAGACAACGCCUAAAAGAAGCGAUUAUAAGCUACACCGUGUUCCUGCUAACUCCUGCCUACUUUUUAUUCCAGAUUUGCGUCAUAAGGCCGUAUCUAACAGUACAUCUCGACUGGGGUCCUGUGAAGCACUUCCUUCACAUUGUUUUCGCCAGCUACUUAUUUACCAACGUCGCUGGAAAUAUGAUCUUAUGUGUGCUGACAGAUACUAGUGUUAAAUCAUACCGUGGACCUACUGCAGCAGGGAGCUACUGCAAGUUCUGCAAACAGAAACAACCAGCGAACAGUUGGCAUUGUACGACGUGCAAUACUUGUAUAUUGAGGAGAGACCAUCAUUGCAUCCUUUUGGCACGCUGCAUUGGACGCAAUAAUCUACGAUACUUCAUUUGCUACUUAUGCCAUCUAAGUAUCUCGAUGUUUUACGCCACUUACUACAAUUACAUUAUUCUUCGCUCCAUGUUUGACCUCAGGACUUUUGCUGCGACCACGUCAAGAAUUUUUAGCUUGUCUGAUUGGAGCAUAUUUGCUAAUAGUUCAUUGAUACUGAAAGCUCGCCUGUUUGUAUGCUUCUGGUAUUUAAAUUUAAUUAUUUUGCCAAUUUCAUUAAAUUUUUUGGUGUUCCAUCUGUAUAAGGCGUGUAAAGGUUUGACGUGGUAUGAGUAUAAGAAAGGGAAGGUGCCUGUAAGGACGCAUUGGAAAAGGAACUUGGCAUACGUUUUUGGUACGCGGUGGUAUCUCGUUUUACUUUGGCCGUCGGUGGAAAGUCCUUUGCCUAAUAAACGUGCGCACGGUACAAGAGAUUUGCGACGAGAGACGCUUAUUUAG